CCUGCAUGCCCUAUCACAACUGCUCCCUCUACUGUUUUGGUAUUGCGGAUUGGGAGGAACCAACAUUUUGUGCUCUUCAGGCUCCUCGACUCUUUGAGGCACCUCCACCUGGAAAGGAAUUUUGGUCCCCCCUCAUUUUUGGCGUGACAAUCUUUUCGGCCUUUCUGACCUUAUUUCUGGUUGGGAUAAAGAUGAGGGAAAUGCGGAAGAAGCCUCAAGAAGACUUUCCUAUGAUCCGCCGUCCUUUUAAAAAUUUUAAUUUGUAA